AUGUUUCCCCAACAUCAGCCAAAUGACACUACAUUAGUGUCCUUCAAUAUCAGAUUCAAUGCACCUUGGAUUGCAAGAGUUGCUGGAGAAAAGGCAUGGCAUGUACGUAAAUAUGGUGUAUUAGAUGUUCUUCUGAGACUCCCACCAGAUGCUAUCGUUGGAAUUCAAGAAGCCAAGAUGGAUCCAUUAACUUCAAUAACUUUCCCCAACACCCAUUUUUCUUAUUUUGGUGUAGGUAGAGAUGAUGGAGUGGCCGCAGGCGAGUUUGCUCCAAUACUUUUCAAUCAAAGGUUUUGGCGAUUGGUUGAAGCUGACUAUAAAUGGCUUUCACAAACCCCAGAAAUACCAUCCAAAUUCCCUGGUACAGGUCAUAAACGUAUAGCUACUAUGUGCAAAUUAGAAAAUAUUCAUCUGGGUAAACAAGUUAUUGUGCUAAAUACUCAUUUGGAUCAUCAGGUAGCAAGCGCUCGGAAAUUUUCAGUUACAAUGCUUCAUGAAUGGAUGUCUCAACUACUGAAUCAAACACAACCUACAUCUACUGGUGAAAAACCUGAUUUAGUGCCAGUAUUUCUUAUGGGUGAUUUUAAUCUGAUAUCGGAAGACAUUGCGUACAAGAAGUUAACUUCAUCUGAAGAUAUAACUGAUCUUAAUGUCAACAAAAUUACAGAUCCAACUUAUGUGGGUUUCAACAGCAAGAGCCGGAAAUCGGUGAUUGAUUUUGUGUUUGCCCUUAACUUCAACAAGUCAAAAUGGAGAGAUUAUACUGUUUUGGAUAAUGUAUUCCAUAGAAUGACGAUAUCAGACCAUAGGCCCAUUGCCGUUUCAUUUGAGCUCUGA